AUGUCGAUGGACACUUCCGUUCGCAAGGAUGGCAAGAAAAACUUGGCCUCCAGGUAUCUGGAGGCUAUUAGCUCUCCACAUCUGUCCCCUCUCAAGCCGGCAAACUCCUACAACACCAGUGCUCCUAGUUCUCCAACUAAAAGAGCCACUGCUAACCUGAAGGAGAACGAAAAUCCGUUCAAGUCUCCUCAGAAAUCCAGUUUCCUGGACAACGACUCACCUGUCAAAAGACUAAUCAAACAAAAAGAACAAGAUACCCUCCAAAAUAAUGCCUCUAACUUCAUUCCUAUACCUGCUCCAUUUGCUACCAAUAAGCUAAGAUCUGAACCUUUGCACAAACCUUCACGAAGUGAGAUCAAAACAAUGGGACAGAUCAACAGUGCGCUCUCCAACUCGCCUUCGUUAAAGAAUCUGAACAAGUUGAGAAACAUCGAGAACAAGCUGCGGAAAACUUCCCGUGUUGAGUCGCAGUCAGGCAAGUUUCGACUCACGAGUGACGCCUCAAAUGCAAACCGCCAACUUGACGACGAACCGGUUAAAACAGGCUCUUGGAUGGACCGUGACCGCAAAACCACUCAAGCGUACGAGUUCCUUUGCAGGGUGGCAGAGAUCAAGAACUGGAUCGAAGACUGUUUAGAGAUCAAAAUUGAUCUACAGAACGAUUCGAUUGCAGAAUUCCAAGAGUACCUUCGAAACGGUAUUUUGGUUGCUAGGCUUGCCCAAAAGUUUGGUUUUUCCAAGACAAAGAACAUUUACUACGGUGAAAACAAUGCACCAGGCACCAAUUUCAAAAACAAGAGUGGUCUUUACUUCAAGUUCACCGAGAAUGUUGUCAUGUUUUUGGAGUUCUUAAAGAGCAUAGAUUUACCAGACAUGUUCAUCUUUGAGACUGCUGACUUGUUUGAAACUAAGAAUACCCCUAAAGUUAUCUUCUGUUUGCAUGCAUUGAGCUACAUGAUGUCUGCCAACAAGAAAGCUCCAAAGGUGAGACGUUUGGAAAAAUAUGACAUUGAGGAAGCUGACGUGAAGAAGAUGCAAAUCAAAAUUAGGGGCUUGAAGCUACCAAACUUCAAGAACAUUGAUGAAGGUGUUCGUGUCAACCUUGGGGACAGCCUGACAGUGAUUGAAGAACCUGAAGAUGAGAUCCUUUUCGAGGAAAAACCUAACAUCAAGGUUGUCCAUCAAGAAACUGCUCAAGCCAGACAUUUGUUCAAAGAGAAAUUUGAAGAGGAAGAGUUUGAGAUGGAUAUUGACAGAAUUGAGGAAAAGUACAGCUCGAUGAUAGAUUCUGAUAAUGGAUUGAGACUUCGCUCGGCCUCAGACCCAAAGAUACCAACAUCUGAGGAUAGUGAAGUCGCUCAACUGAUUCAAUUGCAGGCUGUUGCACGGGGAACACUGCUACGUUAUGAACUGUUUGUUAGUAAGUUCAUGCUGAAGGUUUUCACCCCAGACAUCGCUAGAUUUCAAGCUAUCAUAAGAGGAAAUAUUGCCAGAUCUCGAAAGACAAACACCCAUAACAGUCUUUUGGCCAACUCCAGAUCCCUUUCUGUUCUUCAGGCUAUCUUGAAGAAUGCCAAGCGUGAAGACAAGUACACUGCUGUCAGAUCAAGGCUGACUGAACAGGAAGCAUCAAUUGUCAGACUUCAAAGUGUUAUGAGAGGAGGGAUUCUGCGUGAAAGAAACUAUCGCGACAGAAAAGCUCUCCUAAGUCGUACCAGCUCAAUCAUCAAGCUGCAAGCUCAUAUCAGGGGAGGGCUGGUUAGACACAAUGAUGGCUACCUGGUUUCACGGAUGGAGAAGAACUCAGGAAAGACUACGAGAUCGGGAAUUAAAGUUAGUGUCUCCUGUCAAGAACAUCUGUCCACACACUAUCUUGAGCAAGAUUAUAGACUCAACAACUUCCUCGCUCUAUGCAGAGGUAAAUUGGUUCGGGAUGAUGUGAGACGUACCCAGCGUGAAUUAUACAAGAAUGCCACAUCCGUGAAACAAUUGCAAACUGUUUUCAGAGGUGUACUCCAAAGAUUCUACAUGGAGGUUCUUCAAGAAGAUGUUCAGGACUCUGAGGACACAGUGAUCGGCCUACAAUCCGACAUUAGAGGUUUCCUGUUGAGAAAAAGAUUAGCAGAUAGAGAAGCUUGGUUUAACAAGCCGGAUAACGUUGAAAAGAUCAUCAAACUUCAAAAUUUGUUCCGUGCUUCUCGUACCAAGCACGAUUACAAGUCUUUGAUCUACGAGAAGAAUCCCCCUUUGAAAGCAAUCAAGAACUUCAUUGGUUUAUUGGAUGGCCCUGGGUCGGAGAUUGAAGAUGAGAAGAAGAUCCAGAAAUAUAAAGACGAGAUCGUCAAUGAAACCAAGAGAAUUGAACAAUGGGAGUUGAACUUGAACCAGCUUGGAGCCAAGAUCCAAUUACUGAAGAAGAACCAUGUUUCCCUGGAUGAAUUGUCCAAAUUCAAGGAUGAGCAUAUGAACCUGACUGGAUUCUCAAAUGACCUCAACGACAACUUGAACAAGAGUUUGGGAUCAAACCCGGAGAAGAUUGUUAUCAAGCCUAUAAAGACUCUCACAAGACUCUAUGAGAAGUUCUUUUAUCUUUUGCAAACCAAACCCGACUAUCUUGGACAUCUAUUAACUAUUAUAGAUAACGAAACAGCCGAGUUGAGCUUGAGUACUGGAGAUAUUGAGGAUUGGGUGCUCAAGUGCUUUGGAUACAGCAACUUUGUCUCUCCGAAGUCUACUGCCCCAUGCCGUGAAGAGUACCUGCUGAUGAAGCUUAUCUUGUUUGCAUCAAAUGAAUGCUUUGAAGGUCUGGAAUCUUUGGCCCGUCUGAAGAACUUUGUCAAGUCAAGACAAACCAUAUCGACACGAAACAAUAAGACCUGGGAAAAUCUGCUUAUGACCUACGUCAACCUUCCUCAACAGAGGGCAUUGGCCAAAGGAAUUCUUUCUGAUUGCGUUUGGAAAGUAACUAUGGACGAGGACGCAUCGUAUGAACCAGACCCACAGAAGAUUUAUCAAGAUCUGAUCGAGAGGGACCAGUUAGAAGGCCGUAUGACCUUAAAGACCAUGGAAGACUUGGACGAGAUGGAUCCAAUUGACGAUGACGAGACUAGAGCUCAGUUUGUCAAAAACCUCAGUCAGUUGAGAGAGGCAUCGUACGCCGUCAUGAAAACUCUCGGACUGUUGGUCGGCAAAGUUCCAUUAUACAUCAGAGCCGUUUGCCGGGGCGCAUACGAUCAACUCAAGGCGAACUAUCCUGGAGAGUCUGAGAGAUUCUACCUGAGUGCUGCUGGAUCGAUUUUCCUCAGAUGCUAUGUUUUGCCGUUAUUCAUCAACCCUGAAAAUUACGGUAUCGACAUUGAAAGUAUGUCAGAUGAUUCUGACCACGCGGUGCGUAUGCGUGAAAACCUUGUCCAUGUGGCUAGAGUUUUGAACCAACUGGUGCUCAUGAGACCUUUCAACUCGGAAAAUGUUUAUUUGCAACCACUAAAUCCAUUCAUCGAGGAGUACAUCGAAGGAGUUCGGAAAAUCUUGAAGGAUUUGAUUGAUGUGGGAUCCAUUGAAGAGGCAUAUCAGAGAAAAUCGAUAUACGAGGACGUUGUUUCUAGUCAGAAGCCUAAACUCGAGUUGUUGAAAGAUGAAAUUUCCGAGAUGCUACAGAUCGUUUCCGAUAACCAAGAAGAGCUCAUCGUUCAUGAAGACGAUUACUUGCACUUCCUGUUGAUGGAGAUAGAAGAGUAUUCUUCUUUCCACAACAAGAUUGAAACGAAGAACAGUCUGGUGGAGCUCUACUUGCAACCUAUUGCAGAGAGUACUGACCCGAAGAUCGUGGGAACUAAGGUGGCAUUAUUGGAAGUCAAAGAAUACUUGAUCUACAUCAUCAAGAUCCAAGAUGGUGCUGAUCUGCUAGACAUGCUAUUGAGUGAGAUCACUCCAUCUGAUGAGCUCAGGUUUAAGGAGCUUGUGAAACAAGAGAAGGCAAACAGCGUGAUUCCGGAGUUGGGAAUGGAGAGAAGAACACUUCGGAAGAUCCACAACUCCACUUUCCCGCAGGUGAAGAAACAUGCUAUUGAGCUUCUGUUGGAGCUUGAAAACAAUGGCUACAUUACUCGUGAGAACGGAUACCAGGCCAUUCUGAACGAGAUUGCUCACGAUAUCAAGACCAACAAGUCCAAGAAGGAGGAAAGAGAACGCCAAUUGAAGCUUGUGGUGGAAACACUCACCAAGUUGAAGAAGAAAGAAAGGACGUGUUCCAAGGUGUACACCGAUUACAUUAAGGAUAUCGACCGUGUGAUGAUGAAAAUGCAGCACCAGACGAUGCUGAAGAAGAAACCGACUUUGUUCAAGUACUUCUCCAAACAGUACUACCACGAGAGAGAGAUGAGGAAGAAGAAGGGAUACUUGCCCAAGUUUGGGUCUUACAAGUACUCAGCGAAACAUCUGAUGGACCAACGUGUUUUACUCGAGUUCUGCGAUGUGAGCGUGACCUCUUUUGCUAUGAGUCGGAUCAGCAUCUCGAUCAGUUGUGAGCGUCAAGGAGAGUUCAGCUUUGACAUCUCCAAGAACUCUCUCGGAGUCAGUGGCCACGAGAGAAUCACCAUGGACGAUCUGCUGAACUUACAGUACGAGCACAAAAAGACUGUUAAGCUUUUCGACGACAGCGUUCUGUUCGACACGGAUCAUUUGGUGUCGUUUAUUUUCAGAAAGUUUUAUGAGGUGAACGAUAAUUCGGAGAAAUAA